CUCUAUUAAUCUCCCUCCCUCCCAUGACCCAUGGAUCCAAUCGCAUUCACUUGGCGGCCAGGCCUCUCCUCUCUCCAUCUCCAACCAAGCACCUUCAGCAGAUCCCAAGUCCAUGGCGGGGGGCAACAAGUCCACCGGCAACGCCGCGCGCAGCAGGAAGCGCGUCGAGGCCACCAUCCUCAAGCGCUCCAGGGACGGCAGCGCGUUCACCAGAUGCGAGGCCUGCAACAAGGACGUCCCCGUCGUCCUCAUCGACAUGCACAGCUGCAGCCUCGACGCCAAGAUCAGGGAGACGCUCGAGGCGCAGGUGGUAGAGAGGACCGUCGAGGUCACCAAGCCCGCUGACCGCAAGAAGCCUGCCAAGGCCGGAGCCGCCAACAAGGACGGCAAGCGCAAGCGCACGCCCACCGCCUUCUUCCUCUUCAUGGACGACUUCAGGAAGGAGUUCAAGGCUGCCAAUCCUGACAACAAGAAUGUCGCCACUGUUGCAAAGGAAGGAGGGGAGAGGUGGAAGUCCAUGACCGACGAAGAGAAGAAGCCCUACCAUGACAAGGCUGCCGAGCUCAAGGCUCACGCUGAGAAUGGCGAGGGCAGUGGUGAGAACAAUGUGGCUGCCGAGAAACCCAAGGCAGAUGACACCGAGGGGGGCCAGGAGGUGGAUCAGCCGGCAAAGAGACUCCGCCGCAAGGUUGAUGAUGAGGAUGAGGCGUGCGACGAGGAAGAUGAGGAGGAGAAGAAUGUGUUGGACGACGACCUGGAUGAUGACAUGUAGAUGGAAGAGCCCAUUUCUUCUCUGUAAAUGGCAGAUGUGUGCGUCUUGCUAGCUUGUCACUUGUUUGGAGAGGAGGGGACUGGGAUUGUAGUCAGUAGCAUCAUUAGUGAAGAUGGCGUUUUCAUUUUGGUAGCUUGCAGUCGGUGAUUUGAUCCUGGGAGUUGAAGGGCGGUGGUAGCUAAUGGGGCUAAAUGAAUGAAUCAUGAUGCACUCUAUCUAGUGCUAAAAUCUCGACUAAAGACUGAGCAAAUGUGGCCAAGGCCAAUGCUUAAAUUCAGUUUCCAUUCAUGGCU